AUGGCUCCCUUGGUAACCGGUCUUCACCUCUCCGAAAUCCAAUGGAACAAAUUCAAAGCCUCUUACAUGUGGGGCAAGACCUACUACCUCCGACGAACGAAAUUUGUCCUAUAUCAAACGAGCACCUUACUGCUCGCUGCAGUCUCCGGAAUCUCGAACGCCGCCGCCAACAAAUACAUCGAUCGACGCGACGAUGUCAUCGAGCAAGAUCCAACUCUCGACGUGGAUGUGGGACAAAUCAUCGCCGUGCGUGUGAUGUUGACCGUGCUAGGUGGUAUUUUGGGGUUCUUGUUCGGUAUGGCUUUGCUGUUCGAUCUGUGGUGGCCGGAGCGAAGAGAGUCCAAAGUCAUGUCUUUGGGCUGGAAGUGCAGCAGCUUGGCAGGAAGUUUAGCACAAUUCGCGGCAGCGCUCGCGGCUUCGAUUAUUGUUGCUACAGGUGAGGUCGAGAUCAAGGGACCGGAUCAACAAGCAGUGGACGAGCAGCUUGCAGCUUGGCCAAAUUCGGAGUAUCGAGAAAGCGGCACCGCAAUUGUGACUGUGGUCCUUGCAUGGAUUGGCUUCGCAUUCAUCGCUUCUAGUACUGGUGUAAUGUGGAAGAGCUAUGCUGUUAGUAGCAAGCACGGUCCGUUUGCUAAUUAUAGAAGGCAAGAGAUACUCUGA